AGAAUUUCAAUUCACAUUUUGCUGCUCGGGUUUGGCUAUUUUAUAUAUUAACAUUUUAAAACAAAGAAGAAAUGACUGAAUUUUUCUCGCAGAAGCAGAUUGAUGAAAUUCGUGAAUGCUUCAACUUUUAUUCAACCAGUGGAGUACUAAGAACAGAUUCUCAACUUCGAUGUGCUCUCCGAAGUCUUGGAUAUUCUCCAACUGCUUCCAAAACUGAUAUUUAUUUCAAGAAGCUUAAUAAAAAACCAAUCGAAUUUGCAACAUUUUUGGACAUUUGCAAAGAUGAACAAAAUAGUCCGAAUCCACUGACGGAGAUUAUCAAAGCGUUAAGUGGAUUGGAUAGAAAUAAAACUCGCGCAAUGCCAUCUCGUGAGCUUGCCGCAAUACUUUCACACGUUGGGGAGCAAAUGAGUCCAGAGGAGAUUAAAUAUCUUUUAUCAAAAGUUGAGGUCAACGGAAUGGUUCCUCAUCAAGCACUUAUUGAGUAUAUUUCCAAAUGAAAUUUACUUUGAGCAAAUAAAAAUAAAUUGUUUUUAUCUG